AGGCAGAGUAGGGCGGGUCAUGCCGUCACCAUGCCUUCUCUGACCUAGGAAAAGAAAUAUCGCGCACUACUAGACAAUUCCUUCCACAGCAUCGGUUUCUACUCCGUGUGAACCAGCUCACCAUGAAUCCGCUGACGAAGGUGAAGCUGAUCAACGAACUGAACGCGCGCGAGGCGAGUCUCGGUGUGAAGGAGUCGGUUUCCUGGCACAGCGAGUACAAGGACAGCGCCUGGGUGUUCGUCGGAGGAUUUCCAUACGAGCUGACUGAAGGUGACAUCAUCUGCGUCUUCUCUCAGUACGGAGAGAUCGUCAACAUCAACCUGGUGCGGGACAAGAAGACGGGGAAGUCCAAAGGUUUCUGCUUCAUCUGCUUCGAGGACCAGCGCAGCACCGUGCUGGCCGUGGACAACUUCAACGGCAUCAAGGUGACGCAGCGCUAACAGGCUAGCACGCUAACACCUUAACAGGCUAGCACGCUAACACCGUAACAGGCUAGCACGCUAACACCUUAACAGGCUAGCACGCUAACACCGUAACAGGCUAGCACGCUAACACCGUAACAGGCUAGCACGCUAACACCGUAACAGGCUAGCACGCUAACACCGUAACAGGCUAGCACGCUAACAGGCUAACACGCUAACAGGCUAACAAGACAGAGAGGGAGAGAGAGAGAGAGAGAGAGAGGGAGACAGGUAGAGA